AUGGCGAUGGAGAUCACUCAGUUCCUACUUUCUGCCCAGUCACCCGAUGCAAGAGUCCGUACCGAAGCAGAGACUAACCUCAAGCAAUUCCAAGAACAGAACUUGCCGCAGUUUUUACUAUCCCUGUCAUUUGAGCUCGCCAACAAUGAUAAGCCUGCAGAAUCCCGUCGACUAGCUGGUAUUUUGCUCAAGAACUCUCUAGACGCCAAGGAUUCUGCCACCAAAGAUCAUCUGGUGAAACAAUGGUUUGCAAUUGACGUUGCUCUUAAGUCCCAGAUCAAGGAACUGUUACUAAGAACUCUAGCUUCAUCUGCUCAAGAGGCGAGGCAUACUUCAGCUCAGGUUAUUGCAAAGGUAGCCUCCAUUGAAAUCCCUCAGAAGCAGUGGCCUGAACUUGUUGGAUCGCUGCUUGCCAAUAUGACCCAGCAAGGCAGUCCCGCACACUUGAAGCAGUCAACCUUAGAAACUCUUGGCUAUGUCUGUGAAGAGAUAUCGCAUCAUGAUCUUGUGCAAGAUGAAGUGAAUUCUGUGCUCACUGCAGUUGUGCAGGGCAUGAACCAGUCUGAAAACUCUGCAGAUGUUCGUCUCGCCGCAGCAAAGGCACUGCUGAAUGCUCUGGAUUUUUCUCAGACAAAUUUUGAGAAUGAGAAUGAGAGAACUUAUAUCAUGAAGAUGGUGUGCGAAACAGCAUGUUCCAAGGAGGCAGUGAUCAGGCAAGCUGCUUUUGAAUGCCUUGUGUCCAUUGCAUCUACAUACUAUGAUGUUCUGGCGCAAUACAUGGAAACACUCUUUCAGCUCACAUCAAAUGCUGUAAAGGGAGAUGAAGAGAACGUUGCCCUCCAAGCCAUUGAGUUCUGGAGCACAAUAUGUGAUGAGGAGAUAGACCGUCAAGAGUACGACAGUCCUGACACCGGUGACUCAUCCCCUCCCCAUUCCUCUUUCAUUGAGAAGGCUCUUCCCCAUUUAGUUCCCAUGCUGCUAGAAACUCUGGAGAAGCAGGAAGAGGAUCAGGACCAUGAUGACGAUGUUUGGAACAUAUCUAUGGCUGGUGGGACAUGCCUUGGCCUUGUGUCCAGAACGGUUGGAGAUGCUAUAGUCCCUCUUGUGAUGCCUUUUGUUGAAAUCAACAUAAGGAACCCGAACUGGAGAAGCCGGGAGGCAGCCACUUAUGCGUUUGGAUCAAUUUUGGAGGGCCCAACAAUUGACAAUCUUGCCCCAAUGGUUGCUGCUGGCUUGGAGUUUCUCCUUGCCGCAACCAAGGAUGAGAAUAACCACGUCAGGGACACAACUGCUUGGACUCUGAGCCGCAUCUUUGAGUUUUUGCACACCCCAGACAGUGGUUUCUCAGUGAUAUCACAAGAGAACCUCCCUAAAAUUGUGAAAGUGUUACUGGAAUCGAUUAAAGAUGUGCCAAAUGUGGCGGAGAAGGUGUGCGGAGCUAUAUACAACCUUGCCCAGGGAUAUGAAGACUCUGCAGCAGGUUCCUCUCUUCUCUCCCCCUAUCUUACGGAGAUCAUCACACACCUGCUUGAUGCAGCUGCGCGUACAGAUGGGGCAGAGUCUAAGCUAAGAACGGCUGCAUAUGAAACCUUGAACGAGGUUGUCCGGUGCUCAAACCUUUUAGAGUCCUCUGGCAUCAUAACGCAGCUCCUUCCAGUCAUCAUGACAAAAUUAGGCCAGACAAUGGACGUCGCGACCGUAACAACUGAGGACCGUGAGAAGCAAGCGGAACUCCAGGCUUCUCUGUGUGGUGUUCUCCAGGUCAUAAUCCAGAAGCUGAGCAGCACGGAGGAGACGAAACCCAUCAUAAGUCAGAACGCAGAUCAGAUAAUGGUGCUGUUCCUAAGAGUGUUUGGAUGCCACAGUUCAAGUGUCCACGAAGAAGCCAUGCUUGCAAUCGGUGCUCUUGCAUAUGCGACUGGAGCCGAGUUUCUCAAGUACAUGCCCGAGCUCUUCAAAUAUCUCCAGAUGGGGCUUCAGAACUUUGAAGAAUACCAAGUCUGCUCAAUCACUGUAGGAGUGAUCGGUGACAUUUGCCGUGCCCUGGAUGACAAAAUCCUACCUUUCUGUGAUCCCAUCAUGGGCCAACUUAUCGAGAACCUUAAAAGCGAUGCACUCCACAGGUCGGUGAAACCUCCGAUAUUCUCAUCCUUUGGAGACAUUGCACUGGCGAUUGGUGCACAUUUCGAGAGGUAUGUAGGCGCAGCUCUUCAGAUCAUGCAAGGGGCUGCUCAGGUGUGUGCUCAGAUGGACACCCUUGACGAGGAGCUUAUGGAUUAUGCAAACCAACUCCGCAAAAGCAUCUUCGAGGCAUACUCCGGGAUACUUCAAGGGUUCAAGGAUGGAAAAGCCGAGGUCAUGAUGCCUUACGCUCAGCAUCUCUUGCAGUUUGUUGAAGUCGUGUCCAAAGAUUCCCUCAGGGAUGAGAGCGUGACAAAAGCCGCGGUUGCAGCAAUGGGUGAUCUAGCGGAUGUUGUAGGAGAGCAGACGAAGCAGUUGUUCACUAACUUCACCUUCUGUGGUGAGUUUCUCAAUGAGUGUCUCCAGUCAGAGGAUGAAGAUCUAAGGGUCACAACACGCUGGGCUCAAGGGAUGAUCGCAAGAGUUGUCUACACUUCCUCAUAA